UCAGACUCUCUCUGCUGCGCGAGGCAGUCCCACAGUCCACUAUGCGCUCUUCAAGGUGCCACGGUGUGAUGCGGACCGGGCUCUCCAUCAAGUAACAGCAAGCUCUCCAAACCCAACCAACGAUGGAGGGCGCGAACAACACGACCGCCUGGCCUGAGUUUGACAACUCUUCCAGCAACAAAACCCUCACACCUGAAGACGAGGAGGUGAAGCUGAGUUAUCAAAUAGUCGCAUCCCUUGUGCUCGUGGCGCUCAUCCUGUGCGCAAUAUUUGGGAACGCGUGCGUCGUUGCAGCCAUCGCCUUGGAGCGGUCUCUCCAGAAUGUUGCCAAUUACCUGAUCGGUUCUCUGGCUGUCACAGACCUGAUGGUGUCGGUGCUGGUGCUGCCCAUGGCGGCGCUUUACCAGGUGCUAAACAGGUGGACACUCGGGCAGAUCCCGUGCGACAUCUUCAUCUCUCUGGAUGUUUUGUGCUGCACCUCGUCCAUCCUCCACCUGUGCGCCAUCGCCUUGGACAGAUACUGGGCGAUAACGGAGCCCAUAGAGUACAUGAAGAAGAGGACACCGAGGAGAGCCGCGGUCCUCAUCAGCGUCACCUGGCUAGUGGGAUUCUCCAUCUCUGUGCCACCGAUGUUAAUCAUGCGCUCCCAGUCCAGCAGCAUGGCAGAGGACAGGGCGAACCCAAAGCAGUGUAAGAUCAGGCAAGACCCCUGGUACACAAUAUACUCAACUUUCGGGGCUUUUUACAUCCCGCUGAUACUCAUGUUGGUUCUUUAUGGGCGGAUUUUCAAAGCAGCCAGGUUUCGCAUCAGGAGGACUGUGCGUAAAACGGAGAAAAAGAAAGUUGCCAACUCGUGUUUGGCGCUAUCCCCAGCCUUGUUUCACAAAAAGAGUCCAGGGGACGUGCAUGGCAAAAGCUGGAAACGGAGCGUGGAGCCCCGGCCACUGCUUAGUGUUAACGGUGCGGUGAAGCACGCGGAGGACGGAGAGUCUCUGGAGAUCAUCGAAGUUCACAGCAACUCCAAAGGCAACCUGCCGCUGCCCAACACCCCCAGCUCCGUGCCGCUGUUCGAGAACAGGCACGAGAAGGCGACAGAGGCGAAGAGGAAGAUCGCGAUGGCACGGGAGCGAAAAACGGUGAAGACUCUGGGCAUCAUCAUGGGCACCUUCAUCCUCUGCUGGCUGCCCUUCUUCAUCGUAGCCCUGGUCAUGCCAUUUUGCCAGGAGUCGUGCUACAUGCCCCGCUGGCUGGAGGAUGUCAUUAACUGGCUCGGCUACUCCAACUCUUUGCUCAACCCCAUAAUUUACGCAUACUUCAACAAAGACUUCCAGAGCGCUUUCAAGAAAAUUAUCAAGUGUCAUUUUUGCAGACCGUGAUGGACAUCCAGAUGACAGCCCUAAAAAACCAACAGCCUAUAAGAAAGUGGGACAAGGAGAUUGUGAUAAUGUGGCUAAAACUAA